CCCCUUUAAAUAGCUCCUCCCCGGGCAAGGGGGUGACGCUGCCGCUGAUGCCGGAAGUGAAGAUGGCGGCGGCCUCUUCGGAGCUGCUCACGGGCUGGUGCCUUUUCGGCCUCUCGCUGCUGGCUAUUCUGGCUUUCUCCUGGGUUUAUGUGCGCAAGUACCAGAGUCGACGAGAAAGUGAAGUAAUUUCUACCAUAACAGCUAUUUUUGCACUGGCAAUUGCACUUAUCACAUCAGCACUUCUGCCAGUGGACAUUUUUCUGGUUUCAUAUAUGAAAAAUCAAAAUGGCACAUUUAAGGAGUGGGCUGAUACUAAUGUCACAAGACAAAUUGAGGACACAGUACUAUACGGAUAUUACACUUUGUAUUCCAUCAUAUUGUUCUCUGUGUUUUUGUGGAUUCCUUUUGUCUAUUUCUAUUAUGAGGAGAAGGAUGAAGAUGAUACCAGCACAUGCUCACAUGUUCAAACUGCACUCAAGUAUACUCUGGGAUUCCUCAUGGUUUGCGCAGUUCUUCUUCUAAUUGGUGCCUUCAUUCCAUUGGAUGUUCCUCAGAAGAGAAAUUCCACUGAGUGGGAGAAAGUGAAAUACCUGUUUGAGGAACUUGGAAGUAGUCAUGGUUUGGCUGCCCUAUCAUUUUCCAUUAGCUCCUUGACCUUGAUUGGAAUGUUGGCAGCUGUCACGUACACAGCUUAUGGUAUGUCUGCUUUGCCUCUAAACUUGAUAAAAGGAACUAGAAGUCCUACUUAUGAACGUUUAGAGAACACUGAAGAUAUUGAAGACGUAGAACAACAUAUACUAAGGAUUAAAUCAAAGUGCAAAGAUGGUCGACCUUUACCAACAAGGGACAGACGGAACCUACAGCAACUUGAAGAGAGGCUAAGGACACUUCGAAGGAGAGAGAGACAUCUGGAAUUUAUUGAGAAAAGCUGCUGGACAAAGUUCUGCGGAGCCAUGCGACCUCUAAAAAUCAUAUGGGGAGUAUUUUUCAUCCUUGUGGCGCUGUUGUUCACCAUUUCUCUCUUCCUGUCAAACUUGGACAAAGCUCUCCAUUCAGCUGGCAUCAAUUCUGGAUUUAUAAUUUUAGGAACUAAUCUGACCAAUCCAUUGAAUAUGCUUUUACCUGUUCUACAAACUGUUUUUCCACUUGAUUAUAUCCUCAUUACAACAAUUAUUAUGUAUUUUAUCUUCACUUCAAUGGCAGGGAUUCGAAACAUGGGUAUAUGGUUCUUUUGGAUAAGGUUGUAUAAAAUUAGAAGAGGUAAAACUCGGCCCCAAGCGCUCUUAUUUCUCUGUAUGAUACUUCUGUUGAUUGUUCUUCACACAAGUUAUAUGAUCUACAGUCUUGCACCUCAGUAUGUCAUGUAUGGAAGCCAAAAAUACCUGGUACAGCAUAAUAUGACACUUGUUGAUGGCCAGCCAGGGAAUGUUACAACAUAUGUGCCUAAAGUCUGUGAUGCAGAUGCCCCAGAAGAUCAGUGCACUGUUACUCGGACAUACCUUUUCCUUCAUAAGUUUUGGUUCUUCAGUGCUGCCUAUUACUUUGGGAACUGGGCAUUCAUUGCAGUCUUUUUAAUUGGAUUAAUUGUGUCAUGUUGCAAAGGGAAGAAAUCAGUCAUUGAAGGAGAAGUGGAUGAAGAUGAUUCAGACAUAAGUGAUGAUGAACCAUGUGUCUAUUAUGGUUGACAGCCUUUUGUCCUGAAGGUUUAAAAAAAAUGUAAUCUCAAAUUGUUUGAAAGUCGUGUUUAUGUGGAAUUUUAAUCCAAAUGUUAAGCAAAUUUUCUCACUUGCAGUAAAAAUAAAUUGAGAGAGAAAGUGGGAAUAUUAAUUUAAAAGGGGUGGAAAACUGAAUUUUUUUGUUUCCUGAAGAAUACAUCACUGUAUUGUAGCAGAGCUAUUAUUGAAAUUGGGUUGGAAUAAUAUAUAUAAAAUGUACUGUUUUUAUGAUGGAAUGCUUAUGUGCAAUGUUUUCUAAUGUAUAAUUUGAUAUUGUGAUUGCAGUUGAUAAUAUUUCAGAGUUAAUGUUGCUUUUCUGCUACUAGUUUUUGGUUUCUUAAAUUUCUUUCAUGUCUGACUUGUAUGACUUUUUUUAUAGCAAGAUUAAAUUUAUAGGGAAUUGUAUUUAAAAAUCAUACUGAAACAGCUGGUAAACAAACAUUGCUUGAAAGACUCAGCCAAAGUUCCUUCACUUUCCAGAAGUGUGGCAAUUUAUGAAAAUUAAUUUUUGCAAUAAUUUCACUGUCAUUACUAUGAUAUGCACAUAAAGUUAUAGUCCAUGAGACAGCGUUUAGAUUUACAAGAAUAUCUUUAAAUGUACUGAAAAUACAUACAGUGAGCUCCAGAGUUCAUUCUCAAUAUGCUAGGAAUAAACAAGUUGUGUAAACUUCCACUGUUUCUGAAGUUUAGCCAUGACCAUAUUUCCGUUUACUAGAUCACUGAAUUUUGUGGCAACCAGUAUAUAGCCUUUGCUCUGUUAUUCUUUACUCUGAUAUGUGAGAAGUUAAAAAUAUUACUCCAUAUUAACUAUACUAUACAACAUCUUGGCAGUGUUUCUUCAAAAUUUUAUAAGAUCUAAAACUAUGUGAUUCAACUCUUUACUGAGUGGUAUUAACUACCUGGGUUAAUUAAAACAUGAGGUUAAUUAUGGUAUUUUUAUUUUCUCCAAAUAUAUUAAUACAAAUUCUCUGGAAUAAGGCUAUUUUUCCUAUUUGAAAUAUAGUCAGUAUAAUCACUGUCAUUUUAAACAAGUCAUUAAAAAUGAAAUACAAACAUCAUUGUAACAGUGUAAACAUUAAAAAGUGUAAUUCUACAAAAUUAGAUGUUUUCUUUAUAUACUUUUUUGUAAAAUAAACUUACAAUAUCUUAACUAUA